AUGAUCGGCUGUGACAACAGCAGCAGCGCCAGCCACAGCAGCGGGGAGGACGGCGACCGCAGCAACAACAGCAGCAGCAGCAACAACAGCAACAGCAGAAACAGCAACAGCAGCACGAGCUCCUUAGGAUUUGUAGAAAGAAAUAACAACAGCAACAGCAGCAGCAACAGCAGCAGCAGCAACAACAGCAGCAGCAGCAACAACAGCAGCAGCAGCAACAACAGCAGCAGCAGCAGCCCUCUCUCAGACGCAACAGCAGCGGGGCCAACUGCCGCACUUCGCAGCAGCAACAGCAGCAAAGAGAGCAACAGCAGUAACAGAAGCAGCAUCAGCAGCACGGAUGCAGCAAUUGCAGAAACCUCAGCAGCAACAGCAGCAGCGGCAGCAGCGCAGGGAUUAAAGACUGAAGCAGAAGCUGCUGACGCACAACCUGAUCCAGCAGAGACGAAAGAGACAGCAGCAGCAGCAGCAGCAGCAGCAGCAGCGCAUCCAGCAGCUUUCUCUCGCCUCAUUUCCAAUGCAUCAGCACCAGCAGCAGCAGCAGUUGAAGCAGCAGCAGCUUCAACACUAGGAGCAGCAGCAGCACCAGCAGCAGGUGCAGCCGCGGCAAAAGCAGCAGCAGCAACAGAAGCUACAGCAGCAGAGAGAAGUGUAAAGACAGAAGCAGCAAAAGAUACAACUGCAGCAGCAGCAGCAGCAGCAGCGGUUGCUGCUGCAGUAGCUGCAACAGCAGCAGCAGGAGACGUUCCAACAGCCACAGAAGUUAAAAUGCAUGCAGCAGCAAAAGCAGCAGAAGCGGCAGAAGCAGCAGCAGAAGCAGUAACAGACGCAAGCGCAGCAGCAGAUCGCUCUGCUGCUGUCGUUGCGUCAUCAGCAGCAGCAGCAUCUGCUGCUGCUGCUUCUGAGAUGCAGACAAUGGUCGGCUCUGUUGCUGCAGCAGAAAGAGGCGCUGAGGCGUCGCCAUUUGCUGCUGCUGCUGCAGCAAAAGCUGCGCCUGAGCUGCAUCGAGCUUCCCCUCAGCCAGAGCAGCAGCAGCAGCAGCAACAACAGCAGCGACGGAAGCAGCAGCAGCAACACCUGCGGCUCCACCCGCUGCUGCAGCAGCUCGUUGAAGGCCCCUUGUUGCCUCCUGCUUGCUGCAGCAGGCAGCAGCAGGACAGCACAACAGCAGCAACAGGAACAGCAGCAGCAGCAGCUGUUCCUGCUGCUGCAGCAGAAGCGCUGAAGGGGCAGCCAACCACUGCUGCAGCAGGCUCUAAUACUGCUCAUAAGCAGCAACAACAGCAGCAGCCGCGGCAGCAGAUAGUGCAGCAGCGGCCGAUAGCGCAGCAGCAGCAGCAGCAGCCGAUAGCGCAGCAGCACCAGCAGCAGCAGCAGCACAACUUGUGGACACUUCUAGGAGGAGGGAGAUCCCCUGGCUCAGCAGCAGCAGCAGCAGAACAUCAGUGCAACGGCAACAGAACUUGCAUGCAUUUGCUGCUGCGAACGGUUGCUGCAGCUGAAGCAAAGAAGUCAGUUGCUGCCUCCGCAUCGUCAGCAGUUGCUGCUUCUCCAGAAGCACCUGCUGCCGCUGCUGCUCCUGCCCCUGCUGCUACUGCUCCUGCUGCUGCUCGUGCUGCUUCUGCUGCUGCUCGUGCUGCUUCUGCUUUUGCUCGUGCUGCUCCUGCUCGUGCUGCUCCUGCUUCUGCUCGUCCUGCUGCUUCUGCUCCUGCUGCUGCUGCUCCUGACAAGGCAGCCUGCAGGGGGCUGCCGCAGAAGGGCGCAGCAGCAGAAGCCGAAGACAGUGCUGCAGCAGCAGCAGCAGCAGCGGAAGCAGCAGAAGCAUCAGAAGCAGCAAAUGCUGCUGCAGCGGUGUUUAAGGCCCACCCCAAGCGGCUCUUUCGCCUUGACCUCAGUCUAUUUGAACCGGAGAGGAUUUCAGGUGUAUGUGCAGCAGCAGCAGCAGCAGCAGCAACAACAGCAGCAGCAGAAGCAGAAGCAAAUGAAGAGGCAGUGGUGUUGGCGCCAGCUGCACCAGAUGCUGCUACUGCUGCUGCUGCUGCUGUUUGCACUGCGGAAGCGCAGCAGCAAGUGCUGCUGACGUCUUUUGCUGCGUGGAAUCCUUUACUGGAGCCCAGCAGCAGCAGCAGCAGCAGCAGCAGCAGCAGCAGCAGCAAUGGCAGCAGCAGCACCUCCACCACCGCCACAGGCACCGUUUUCAAGGCACCGAAGGCAACAGCACUAGCAGCAGCAGCAGCAGCAAAAACAACAGCAGCAGCAGCAGCAACAGGCCCAAAUGUCUCCCGCAUUAAGCAAUUUGUAGAGGAGACACAGAAGGCGAAAGACGCGCUGCUGCUGCAGCAGCAGCUCGAGGAGAAAGAAGAACAGCGGCUAGAAGCAGAGAGACUGGAGGCCCUCAGGCAGAAGGAAGAGGGAGAACGCAAGGCCAAAGAAGAGGCAGCAAGAAGGCAGGCCCUCCUGGAGAAGCAGCGUCUUGAGGAGGAAAAGAGGCAGCAGCAGCAGAAGGAGCAGCGAGAGAAAGAAGAAAGAGAGCGGCAGCAAAAACAAAAGGAACUAGAAGAACAGCAGCGGCAGCAGCAGCAACUGCAGCAACAGCAGCAGCAGCAGCAGCAACUACAGCAGCAGCAGCAACAGCAGCAGCAGCAACAGCAGCAAAGUCAACAACAGCAGCAAGAUCAGCAGCCGCAGCAGAAGGCUGACAGCCCACUGAAGACAUUGCCUUCAGCAGACAGCCGCCCGUUUGUUGCUGAGGCCCUCAAAGUGAUUGAAGAUUUUAGGAAGGUGGAGAAAGCAUAUCAACCCGCUCCCGUCUUCGAUGGUUUAGACGCGGCGGCGUCGAAGAAGGUGCGGGUGGAGGUGAAGGCUUUAAUAAAUUCGUCUCUCAAUCAAAUUGCUUCUACGCAAAGCCAGGUUAUUACUCUGAAUGUUCGGCCGAGUUCAGUGUGGGCUUACACUUACCUCGUUAGAGGGGUGGCGAUGCAUGCAGCAGAGUUUGAAGGUAUAUUUAGAGGGGCUGUCUUCUCUCGGUGUUCGUACGCCGCUCCCUUCUCAUACAGAAAGUCGCAGGGUAUGAGUACGGAGGCCUUUCAUUUGCUGCGAGGGCAGUUUGCUGAGGAGACAGACGCAGCUUUCUUCGAGCGGAUGGCUGCUACUCUACGCCUCUGGAUUGCAUAUCUCGUCUGCGCAGACAAGGUGGAUGAGGUGUGGCGUUGGGGUUCUCGUUUUGUGAAUUUGGUGUGUACCAUCAGCAGCAGCAGCAGCAGCAGCAGCAGCGGCAGCGGCGGCAGCAGCGGCAGCAGCACGAGAGGCAGCAGCAGCAGCAUUGGGGCGUUGCUGCUGCUGGAGUAUCUUCGUACCGGGGGCCGAGUUGCUGCUGAGGCCGAGGAGGUUCGCCUUAUAGCUCAGCUCCCACCUCUAGAGAAGAUGGAUGCUGCCUUGGGGUCUCUUGUGGCUUGUAAAAAACUUUCUCUCUCAACAAACGCAAUUGAAAAGAUUGCAAAUCUCGCUAACCUCAAGAACCUGGAGAUACUAUCAUUAGGCCGAAACGCAAUAAAGAAGAUAGGGGGGCUUGAAGAUGUGGGGUGUACGCUGAGAGAGCUGUGGCUGUCUUACAAUCAAAUAGAAAAAUUAGACGGUUUGCAGCCCUGCGUUAAGCUGCAGGUUUUGUUUAUGUCAAAUAAUAAAGUCAAGUCCUGGGAAGAAAUCGAAAAACUGGUGACUGAAGACAUGCGGGAGCGCGCAAUGGCAGCUGUCUCUGCCCCCUGA